AGUAGUUCGCGUUUGCAAAUUUUAUUACAUUUAUUGAAUUUGUGUGUGUGUGUAUGUGUUGCUUUUCUUUGUUUCAAAAAUGAGCAGAAAUUUAGAUGCAAUUAUAUUCGGUGCUAGUAGUUAUACGGGUCAAUUUGUUAUCGAAGAAGCUUUGGAAAUUUUAAAAGAUUUCCGAUGGGGUAUCGCUGGAAGAAAUGAGAAGAAACUUAAAAGAAUGUUGAGCGAUAUUGAAGCUAAAGUUAAAAAAGAUCUUAGUCAUGUACCUAUAAUAAUAGCUGAUGUUAACGAUACAAGUUCACUUGAAAUUAUGGCCAAGCAAUGUCGCAUUGUAUUGAAUUGUUGCGGUCCUUAUAAUAUAUUGGGCGAACCAGUUGUUAAAGCUUGUAUUGAUGCCGGUACACAUCAUGUGGAUAUUACUGGCGAGCCACAAUUCAUUGGGAAUAUGUUACUUAAGUAUAAUGAUUUAGCUAAAGAGAAAGGAGUUUACAUCGUAUAUGCUUGCGGGCUUGAGAGUGUUCCGGCUGAGUUAGGUGUGCUGUUUGCGGAAGAGCAUUUUGGAGGUAUUAUAAAUUCCAUAGAACUGUAUAUGGAUGUUAAGCAAACGCAAUCGGAUUCGAAUGCGAGACAAAUAUUUCACACUGGAACUUGGAACAGUUUGAUUUAUUCGUUUAAGUAUGCUUGCGAAAUUUUAAAACUAGAGCGACAAUUAAACAAAGAAAAAUUGCCACCCACUAAACCCAAACUAUGGUUGAAACCUUUUCCACACCAAAUUGAAACUUCGCAUAGAUAUUAUUGUUAUUUCCCGGCCACUGAUAAAUUUGUGAUUGAAAGAUCGCAACGUUACUUUUAUGAUUCGCAAAAGAAGAGGCCAAUACAAUUUGAAUCUUAUAUCGGCUUUAGAUCUUUUUGGUUGGCCUUACUCUGGCCAUUUUAUGUUAUUUUGCUUUUAAUAUUGAGUCAAUUUACUUGGUCACGUAAAGCAUUGUUAAGAAGCCCUCAUUUAUUCUCCUUCGGUCUUGUAUCAGCGGAGAAGCCAUUGCAAAGCGUUCAGAAUAGUAUAGAAUUUGCAAUGACCUUGAAAGCUAAGGGACGGUAUCACGAAGUGCCGGAUUUUGUAGAACCGAAAAAAGAACUUGUCGUCCGCGUCUCUGGGAAAAAUCCAAUUUACGGCGUGACUAGUAAUGCUAUGCUGAUAUGCGCGAAAACUAUAUUAAAUGAAAACUCGAAAAUGCCAGAGAAGGGCGGAGUUUUGUCUCCUGCUUCUGCGUUUGCUAAAACGCAAAUUAUCGAAGAGAUUACACGCACUAAGUAUGGUUUAAAGUUUGAUGUAAUAAAAACAUGAAUUUUUACAAAUAAA